UGGGUGUGGUUACUUGUCUGUCCUUCUUCUUUGGCUCCUCCCCCUCAGCUUCAACGCGUGAGAGCACCAGCUCCAUCCUCCUUCAGUUCUUCGCUCCCUCGCGCGUUGUCACUGUAUCACGGCUUAUUUGAUCAUUGAUGGUGUGACUCUCGCGCUUCACUUUUUUCUUUUUUUCCUCUUUUGAAUCCAAGAAAACACUUUUAUUCCUUCGUUUCUUCUGUCUUUCUUUCGUUUCUACUCAAAUCACUCUCUUUUUCGCUCGCUCGCGACGGUUAACUCUCGCGUUCACCUUUAUCACCACUUCAGGGUUCGACCAUUUUUACUUUUAAUUUUUUUUAACUCUUUUCUUUGCUCUUUUUUUCGCUUAUUAUUUAUUUCCUUUAUCUUUACGCGUUUUAAGGCUACCGACAUGCUUGCAUGCUUCUCAUAUUUCAUGCAAUCAUAUCUACCAACACUUAUUUACUACUUUUAGAUUAAAUCAAUCUUUGCUGCAUCUUUGCUUACUUUUUUUUAUUUCAAAACUACUUUUACUCGCGCGCUCUGUUCUUUCGCUUCUCUGUACGUAUCUACUUUUUUCACUCGUGCACAACUCUUUUCAUAUUUAACUACUUUUUUUACUUUCGCGCUUUUUUGUCUUAUAUCCUUCAUUUUUUUUAUUUUUCUUUACACGUAUCAUCCUUUCUUUUCACUAAUUUCAAGCGAAAUAAUAAGCUCUGUAAUCACUUCUUUCAUAUUUACUUAUUUUUUAAUCAAAAGGCGCAAUUCUUUCGUUCCUUCUUUUUAUACUCUUCUUUUCGUCCGCACGCGCGCGACUCAUCUCAUCUCAUCUCUCGUAAUCAUCUCUACUGUCACCACCAUCACCACCUAAAACCGCCUAUAUUAUUAUUGUAAUUAAUAAUAAUAAUAAAAUAACGCAAUGGCCACUUCGGUUCCACUGCUGCCCUCGGCGCCUCCGGUCUCGGUCCCGAGCUCGGUUCCCACGCCGGCCACGCUCUCUCCGUCCUCCGUCCCGAGCCUGUUCCGCCCCGAGGCGCUGCUCCAGUCCGUCACCACGGUGGCGGUGAGCGCCAAGCCCGCGUACUGCACGCCCUCGCCGGUGGAGAACACGCCGCAGAACAACGAGUGCCGCAUGGUGGAGGUGCGCGGCGCCAAGCUCGCCUCGUUCACCGUCAGCGGCCGCGAGCUCAUCUGCCUGCCCCAGGCCUUCGAGCUCUUCCUUAAGCACCUGGUGGGCGGACUGCACACCGUCUACACCAAGCUGAAGAGGCUCGAGAUCACGCCGGUGGUCUGCAACGUGGAGCAGGUGCGCGUGCUGCGCGGGCUCGGCGCCAUCCAGCCCGGGGUGAACCGCUGCAAACUCAUCUCCAAGAAGGACUUCGAGACCCUCUACAACGACUGCACCAACGCCAGCUCCAGACCCGGACGACCCCCCAAAAGAACCCAGAGCGUGACGUCACCCGACAGCCCCCACGUCCUGCCCCACUCCGUCUCUGGACUCAUGUCUUCUGGGAUGAUGUCUCACACAGGUCUAACAGCUGCCACUCUAGCAGAAGCCAUGAAGAAGAAGAUUAAAAUGGAGGUGUUGAACAGCUACCACAGCAGUAACAACCAUGGUGCAGACUCUGAGAAUGGAGACAUCAACUCCAGUAUGGCAGGUUUGGAGCUGCCGUUCAUGAUGAUGUCACAUCCCCUGAUCCCCGUCAGCCUGCCCCCUGCCUCGGUCACCAUGGCCAUGAACCAGAUGAACCACCUGAGCACCAUCGCCAACAUGGCCGCUGCCGUCCAGGCCCAUAAUGACUCUUCUAGAAUGGCCACUUCAGUCAUUAAGGAGCGAGUUCCAGACAGUCCGUCCCCGGCUCCGUCUCUGGAUGACUGUCGCAGAUCGGGAAGUCACUUGUCCUCCAGGCAGAGCAGCAGUGUGUCCAGCUCUCCAGCCCACACUGAGAGUUCCUCAGACCGGCCACAUGUUCAUCAGAACGGCCUUUCUCUGGGUCACGCCCUGUUAGGCCUGUCUCCUAGUGCGCCCCCGGGUCCCAAAGAGGGAGAUCUGGCAACCCAAGACAUAAGCCACGAGACGAGGAGGACGCAUGCAGAGAAAGAGGAGAGUCUGCUGUGCACCCCCACGUCUCGAGAGAGCUACGAGCGCCUCUCCCACCCCGGACCCACGCUCCCGCCCGGAUUCCCCGCCCCCCUGCUCUUUCCUGAAGGCCUGUCCUCCAUAGAAACACUCCUCACCAACAUACAGGGUCUGCUGAAGGUGGCGAUAGAUAACGCCCGGGCGCAGGAGAAGCAGGUGCAGCUGGAGAAGACGGAGCUGAAGAUGGAGCUGUAUCGGGAGCGGGAGCUGCGGGAGACGCUGGAGAGACAGCUGUGUGUGGAGCAGAAGAAUCGAGCUCUGAUCCAUAAGCGUCUGAAGAAGGAGAAGAAGACGAAGAGGAAGCUGCAGGAAGCUCUGGAGUACGAGUCCAAGAGGCGUGACCAGGCCGAGCAGACGCUGCAGCAGACGUCCACCAGCGAGCACGCCCGAACUCCAACCGAGGCUCCUUCUCAGGAAAUGGAGACUGACCUAAGCAACGACAGGACAGACGCUGAGAGAACGAUACCAGCUUCAUUAGUAUCCCACUCUCGUUUCACAGACGGACGCCUUUUCCUCAAGUCCGCAGUGAUGUACUGAAAGGAAAAUGGGGCGGAGCUUCAACACGCCAAUCAAUCCGUCCAUCCAUCCGGGGGGGGAGAGAGAGCUGAGCGUCCGGAGCAGAGAGUAACGACGACAACACCACUCGAUUCGAUAUCGGAGGACUGGAGGACUGCAGACGUUUCAAGGACUUACUGCAAAGAGACGUUCACAAGCAUUGGAAAUCAAUGCCCUCAACCAGUCUGCCUCGACUCUCCUGUACCUCGUUCCUCCACCUGCGAGAAGCUGAAGAGACUAAAAAAGACACACGAAAAGAAAAAGACACAAAAAAUAGACAAAAAGGAGGCAAGAAGCGUUUUCUAGGGUAUCGAAACCAGCCACACUACACUAUACUACACUACACUACACUACACUGAAGACUGAUAUAGACUCUUUAUAUCACUCCCUUCUGAUACUCUGCUACGUUUUUCUUUUUUUUUGUGUUGAAGUAUCUAUAAAGCGUUGCACACUCAUCAUAAUCCAAAAAAAAAAAAAACUAGAGUUACAAAAGUGUGAAUUGCAAUGGUGUUUAAAAAGGAAAGGUUUUUUUUAAAACAAGUUACCAGGAGCAAUAAAUUCACAAAUGAAUUUAGACCGAUAUGAUGCUUGAUUUUUGGGGCGUGUCGGUGUGUCUUUGGUGUGUCUAUCAUGAUGACGCAAAAAAUUAGUACGCCUUGUACUAAUUCUCUUAAUUAACCAUGGUUGUAGAUCAUUUUGGCCGUAACGCGAAAUAAACCAAUCAAAGUGUCAUUCCCAGCAGUCAUUCCCUUUAAGAAGCGGGUGAGCUCUGACUUUGGCACGUUCGUAUCUUAACAGCACGCCGCUUUUGCAGUGUAUCUCAGCAGAGGAUAUAGACCUGCUGUGAAGGUACGCCAGCAGCUCAUUUAAGGAUUUAAGAGAACAGUAAUGUUAUUUUAUUCUUUAUUCUGUUUAUUGUUGAGUUAAAAGUCAGGAAUGGACUCUGACGUUUGACUGAUGUCAGGGUUUUAAUCAGUGAGUGGCGCACCUGAAGCAACACGCCAAAAUGUUACCUGAACACACCUCAAUUCCAGACCACCACGCCAGUCCAUCAGUGUAGAUUUAUUCCUAGACUCUGAUGCUAUUUAAACAGCGCCGGCACACGGCGUGAAAAUAGGCUGUUGACGGGGUGUAAGAUAGCAAAGAGCAUCGUGAAGCACCUUGCGCAGGGUGUAUGAUAGGAACCUCGGUCAUAUUAAUCGAGCUACAUAUACAGAAAUAUUGGGAAAUGCAUGUGUAACAUGGCGACUUGCCAGAUGUCUCAACAUGUAGAUGGUUGUAGAGGUUCCUAAUGGUGUCUUCUCCACCAGGACAAAAGGGGGAUUCAUUCUACUUUUUCUUAGUGGAGAAAACCAACGAAUCCAUAUAUGAAGGCACUAAGAAGCACUGUGCUAAGAAUCAGCCCAUGUUUUCACUGCUUUAAGGAGUCACUCACUAUGUACGUGAAUGUGGGGGUGUUCAACAAACCAGAAACCGUUUUUUUACAGGUUUACUGGUUCCAGAACAUCAAGAUUGUGGGGCUAGAAUGAAACAGACUUUUCUGGCCGAGAAAUGUAAAUUUUGUGGUGGAAAAGCAGAAAAAACAGAACCGUUUAGGAACUUGGCUCCAGCACUGGCACCAUGCUGGUGGAAAAACACCUUGGGAUGCUACAAAUGUGUUAUACACUACUUCUCUAUGUGUAGCUCAAUAAAUAAGAUCAAUGGAUAUAGCCCCAACAUCAGUAUGAAUAUAUAAUUAUUUAUUGUUCCUGUUGACCUUCAUGUUUCUUCCCAAUCGUGUAUUGCAAUUAGACACUUGUGUAACUAUUUUUUUUUUUUGAUGAUGAUGAUGAUGAUGAUGAUGAUGAUGAGUGCAUUAUUAUUUCAAUGUGUGGGAUCUGAUGAUCUGAUGGGUUUUGAGUUGACUUCUUUCAUUUACAAAAAAAAGGUGACAUUUAAAACAAAAAUGUGUUUUAUUUUGUUGUGUUUUGUUGAAUACUUAAUAUUUCCACAUUAUAUUUCCAACAAAAGGGAGGUUGUCCAUAUUUUUAUGUCCAUAUUCUGGGUUUAUGUCAUUCUGUGUUCUAUGUGGGGUUAUAGCAGAUGUCUCAAAAGAAAAAAAAACUCACAGACAUGGAAAGUGUACAUACAGAAAAAAAAAGAAGUGUAGAGAUAAUAUUGUGCAUUGUAUGUCGUAGAUGUCUUAGGAAAAUCAGUACAAAUACAGAACCUCGUUAAUGAAAUAUCUUGUAUCUAAGUUAUUAUUAUUGUUAUUAUUAUUAUUAUUAUUAUUAAUAUGGUUUCUGAUCAAGUCCAUAACCCACCCUCAUACCCUACUAGGAGAGCAUGCUGGCAUGUCAUUACUUUUGUCGUGUCCACCUGAUAUACAAUAAAGUAUUUUUUCACCUGGUUCAAAGGA